UAAUGUUUUUGCUCCCUCAGUGUGAUGUAUCAAGGAUAAAGCAAUAUCAAGGUCCUUGCUGAUUGUGUGUUGCACUAACCCCCAUGCCUGCUGGCUGACUGUUUGAAACAACACCCUAAACUACUCCUCCGCUACCUCCAGCACAGCCGGUGCAGUAUAAAAAUAGGUCUUACCAGCAGUUGCAAACCUAAAUUCACACUGCUGCUGUUACAAUACACAGGGAAAAUGAAGGUGAUUGCCUUUGCUUCACUUCUAUUCCUAUUAAAGGAAGUAGAAAUGUCACCAAAUCAAAUGGUGUGUGACAAUGACUCUCACGUGAAGCUAUCCGUUUUGAACGGGCUUCGCGAGCACCAUCGCAUGAAAGAGAUUCGAGUCCACGAGCUCAAAACAGAAGUAGAUGAAGCCCAAAAUAAAAUAAACGAAGCAGAAUCAACAGUGCUUAAAAUGAAGAGAAAGAUAAAUGUGACACGUGAUGAAGCGGAUGAGAUCAAAAGAUCAAUGGAAAAUAUGACGACACCACAACUGGAACAGCUCGAAGAGCUAGAAAUCUGUUCAGAGGAUGGAUUUGUUGCUGACUGUUGUGAGAUAAAGAGAAUGUAUCCCUCUGCUCCAUCUGGAAUUUAUGCAAUCAAAGACCCUUGUGCCGGUGAUAAUCCGUUUAGUUAUGCAAAACUAGCAGUGUACUGUGACAUGGAGACAGAUGGUGGAGGGUGGAUUGUAAUCCAACGACGUAAUGCCAGUAUGGGAUGGGUU